AUGUCUCUUCCAAGUCCCGUACCCAUUGCUCUUUGUGGCAAGAACCAGACAAUGGCCACAAACUUUAGCUCUAGCAUGGAAAAAGAAGGAUACANNAAGGUUCGUAUUCCCAUCUCUUUCUCCGACAGUCUCCAAUCCAGAUCAUCGAAAAGAUCAAUCACUGACACUCAUCUUACAGUAGUCCACACCUGCCACGACGCCGACUCUGCAAAAUCAACACUUCCGUCUCUACUCACAUCCUCCACUGGCCCCAUUGCAGUCGUCAUUGGCAAAGGUUUCUACGAAUCUGAAAUGCAGGAUAUCAUCCAACACUGCAAGAGUGAAGCAAGUUCUGCAAAGACUGUCUGGUUACUUCCCGACGACGACAAGUUUACUGCGUAUAUGAAGAUGAAGGCUGUGGCUUCGGCGGGUACCAUGUUGCCGGGUAUGAUUGCUGAGAGAGCUUCUGCUGCGCUGAAAGAGAAUGGUGUUGUUGGUGGUGGUAGUCUUGAGGGUGUCAAGAGUGGUGUUCAUGGAUUUUAA